GGGUCCCUGCCGCCGGUGACACUGCGGCCCCGGCAGCGCUGGCAGGGGCAGGCAGCGAUCAGCGCCCGGGCAGGGGCUCUCCGCGCCCUCCAUCCCCUUUCUCCCUCUCUCCCUCCCCUCCUGCCGCCAUCCCCUCCCUUCCUCCCGCCGGGCACCCUUCAGGAUCUGGCGGCUUCGGGACUCCCGGAGGUUUCGGCUUGGCCGAGUGCUGAGAGAGACGGCAAGAGCUCUGGCAUCAUGUCAGUCAGUGUCCACGAGAACCGUAAAUCGCGGACAAGCACCGGCUCCAUGAACAUCCUGCUUUUCCACAAAGCUUCCCACCCAGACUGCGUCUUGUCCCAUCUGAACACCCUACGGAAGCACUGCAUGUUCACUGAUGUCACCCUCUGGGCAGGAAACCGAUCGUUCCCGUGUCACCGGGCAGUGCUGGCUGCCUCCAGCAGAUACUUUGAAGCCAUGUUUAGCAACGGCCUCCGAGAGAGCUUGGAUGAUGAGGUGAACUUCCAUGACAGCCUCCACCCGGAGGUGCUGGAGCUACUGCUGGACUUUGCUUAUUCUUCUCGGAUCAUCAUCAAUGAGGAGAAUGCUGAGUCUCUCCUGGAGGCUGGAGACAUGCUGCAGUUCCAUGAUGUCCGAGAUGCGGCAGCUGAGUUCCUGGAGAAGAACCUGUACCCUUCCAACUGCCUGGGCAUGAUGCUGCUGUCAGAUGCUCAUCAGUGCCGGCGGCUCUAUGAGCUCUCCUGGAGGAUGUGCCUGGUCAACUUUGAGACUGUUCACAAGAGUGAGGAUUUCAACAACCUUUCCAAGGACACUCUGCUGGAUCUCAUCUCUAGCGAUGAGCUGGAAAUUGAGGAUGAAGAAAAGGUCUUCAGGGCUGUCAUCCAGUGGGUGAAAUACGAUCUGGAUGAGCGAAAGGCUUAUCUCCCAGAACUUCUGAGGAACGUUCGUCUGGCCUUGCUGCCUUCUGAAUGCCUCAAGGAAGCCUUGGCUUGUGAGGACUUGAUUAUGGUGGAUGAAAGGAAUAAGCUUGUCUUGGAUGAAGCAAUUCAGUGCAAGAAGAAGAUCCUUCAGAAUGAUGGGGUGGUCACCAGUCCCUGUGCCAGGCCUCGCAAAGCUGGGCAUACUUUGCUGAUCUUGGGAGGUCAGACUUUCAUGUGUGAUAAGAUCUACCAAGUAGAUCACAAAGCAAAGGAAAUUAUCCCCAAAGCAGACCUACCGAGUCCACGGAAGGAGUUUAGUGCCUGUGCCAUCGGCUGCAAAGUAUAUAUCACUGGAGGCAGGGGCUCAGAAAAUGGGGUCUCAAAAGAUGUAUGGGUGUAUGACACUGUUCAUGAGGAAUGGUCAAAAGCUGCCCCGAUGUUAAUUGCUCGGUUUGGGCACGGCUCAGCCGAACUGGAAAACUGCCUGUAUGUGGUUGGUGGACACACUGCAGUAGCUGGAGUCUUCCCUGCGUCUCCUUCUGUUUCCUUGAAGCAAGUAGAGAAGUACGACCCCAUAUCCAACAAAUGGACAAUGGUGGCUCCCUUGAGAGAUGGAGUGAGCAACGCUGCGGUGGUGAGUGCCAGGCUCAAGCUUUUUGUCUUUGGUGGGACCAGUAUUCACCGAGACAUGGUGUCCAAAGUCCAGUGCUAUGAUCCAGCUGAGAACAGGUGGAUGAUCAAAGCGGAAUGCCCACAGCCUUGGCGCUACACGGCAGCUGCUGUCCUGGGCAGUCAGAUUUUCAUCAUGGGGGGAGACACGGAGUUCACAGCAGCAUCCGCUUACCGCUUCGACUGUGAAACGGACCAGUGGACCCGCAUCGGGGACAUGACAGCCAAGCGCAUGUCCUGCCAUGCUUUGGCCUCGGGGAAUAAACUCUAUGUGGUGGGGGGUUACUUUGGGACUCAGAGGUGCAAAACGCUGGACUGCUAUGACCCUACCUCAGACACAUGGAACUGUAUCACAACGGUGCCUUAUUCACUCAUUCCCACUGCUUUUGUCAGCACCUGGAAGCAUUUGCCAUCAUGACAAGGGGCAUGGCCGGGGGGCUUGUAUCCAGGAGGUCGAUAAGGGAAGAAAGAAUGCUGCCCGAACCCUCUAACACCCUCUCACUUCCCUGCUUCCUACUUGGUGUGGUUGCUGUGCCUGGGAAUCUCCCAGCGGGUGAAAUUACUGACAUCUCCCAGUGAUCAUCUCUUUUGAUGCCAUCUGGGAACUGAGGAGGAGCUUCUGGCACCUCUGCCAGGCAUUUGCCCAACAUGACCACCUCCUUCUUUCAGGUGGGAAAAAAAAAGCCUCCAGAGCAUUAUGUGGGCCUUUGAUUUGAGAAACACCUGGUUUUGACAAUGGCUGGACCACAGUGAGGGCAGGGAAAGAGUGGAAAGGGUUAAAAUGAGAUCCCUGAGAGCUUUCCCAGCACUGGAAGAUAAUAGCCUUUCCAAAUUCUCCUCAGGCGUUGCCUAGCAUCUGUCACAGUGGCUCAGUAAUCUAAUUAACUAUUAAAUAUUGCAGCAAAGAGUGUGAGGACUCCAUCAUUUUCAGCUCAGGUCAGUGGGGCCUCCCUUUAAGAGCCAUCCUAGAGCUGAAAAUUAAUUUUCUCUGGUGGCAGAUGCAUCUGAAUAUUAAAAUUCGACACCAGCUACACUUCUGGGAAGAGAAAUAAGGAAUAUUUUGAGGUGGGAAUUGAUUCUUCAUCCACCAAAUAAAAAGCAGGCUCUCGAGAGACAUUAUUUUGUUCUCCCGCCUUUUCUCCUGUACAUUAUUUGGGUUGUUCAGAUCUAAUAAACAGCCUUGUGGGGGUUAUAUAGGUUUUUUCCCCUCUGUAAUCUGGAGCCUGGUUCAAGCAUAAAAAAAUUAGGAAUUGCAACAUGCCAACCUGCAAAUAAAACUGGUGAAAAGUCACUGUGUGAGGGUUUUAUGUGCUUUUUUGGCUUUGCCUCUACUCUUCAGUUAAAAGAAGUAUUUAAAAUACACAAGUUCUUGCCAGACAGCAUCUCUCAUCACUUCAUUUUUCUAGAUUUUUUUUUUUUUUUUUUUAAAAAAAACAACCCUAAGUUACUAUUAGGCCUCAGCCACUGUGACAGCUCCUUAAAUCAAACACCAAGACUGGUGAGUAAAUGCCAGACCCAAAUGCAUGUCCCACAUGCUUGACCUGGCUCUCCUGGCUACAUUUUGGCUGUGCCAAAACUGGGCUCAGAAACUGGGUUAUCUGGCUAUAGGGUCCUGUGACUACUCCCUUCUCCUAUGGCAGCUCUGGCUGAGGGAUCUUCUGGCUUGCAGCUCCCACUGUGUGAGGUCACUUCUGCAGCACCCAUUUUUGGUAGUUGUGGGAUCCUUCUUUAAGAAGGGGCAUGCAGAAGGCAGGUUGGCCAGCAUAUGGCCAGGUGCUGGUGUGCUUUGGGAAUUCGAGUCCUAUGGGAACCCCCCUCGGCUGGAAAAGGCUCAGGAGGGACCAUCCAAGGUGCCCGUAGAGCAGAGCAAUCCCAAGUGGGUGGGGAAAGGCCUAGGUCAUCACACAGUUGGAAACAGUACUUUGUACUCAUGAAAAAGCAACCUUCUCACCUAUAAACUAGUGAGGUUUCAUUCAUACCAGCCCCGAAACCCAAAUAAUAUAUCCUUGAUAAACACUGAUCAUGAAACACCAAACCAGCUUUUAAUUUGGAGCAUAAAACUAAUCAGCUGGAAACAUUUCCUUGAGGGUAUGGCCUUCACCCUUCCCAGCUGGUGCUGGGGCACCUUUCGGCAGAGGUCCCAGGGCCCCUGCCAAGGAUGCCAUGUGACAUUAAUUUAGGGCUUACUGCCAGCAGUUAAUUCCAGGGAUCAAGUGUGAUUAGCAGUAUGAAACGUGAAAGCCUGGUUUCCUCCCACCCGUGGUGGUGGAGCCACGAGGAGAUGAGUUGUUACAAAAGGGAAAUAAAAUACUGAGCACUCAGCUAAUAAAGACUCUGUGUUUAUAAAUACCAGCAAAACCCAGCCAGGAGCUCAAGGGACAAUGCUGGGUGGUCUGCUGCUCUCCUGUGCAGUGACAGCUGAUGGGGACAACUCACCUCCCAGGAAGUGACUUCAGGCAGUUCCAGGAACAGGUUCUCCAAGCUGUGUGUCUCCAAAUUAAAAGUGGCUUCUCCAAACCAUCUGCCCUGUGUCAUGCUCUCAUUUUCAUGGGGCAGAGUCAAAGAUGAUCUUGGGCCAGAGAGAAGUUUUCAGCUGGGGGUUGGGAUUGUCAUGGGGGAAGUGGGAGCCACUCACACAUUGCACAUUCCAGCUGGGGAAGAUGAGAUAGAGGGGGAAGUUGCUGCAUCCCUCUGAUGGCUCCUGAGCCACAAACACUCCCCUGGGAUUAAGUCAGAGCUCUCACCUCAAAACAAACAGGGACAUAGCAGCUAGAAGCCAGGCAGUCCUCUCCUGCAGGACCCUCCCUGUGGUGUCAGGAAGCAGAGAUUGGUGGCCAGUAACUUACUCCUGGGGCACAUCUGAAAGCUCAGAGCCCACUUUGCAGCUCCCACCAGAGCCCUUCAGUGAGUUUGACUGUGGUGCCCACUGAUGUGUGAGCACUCAGCAGCUGAGGCUGCAGGUUUUGAGGCAGCUUGGGCACCUAAAAGUUGAACUUUGGCCCCAAAGCUCCUGCAAGGGUUUAGGCGCCAUGCCAGGCCCAGAACUGGAUUCUGAUACCAUUGCUGUGCUAAACGUCAGAUCUGUUCAGUGACUUUUUUCUGAUUAUUUAAUUACAGCUUAGAUAACAAGCCUUUUGUAAGGGCAGUUUUACAGCUGCCAGGUUUGGCUUCCCUUGCACGUGGAGCAGUGCUUGUUCAGCUUUUACCUCACAAGAAGCUUCAGGGUUUUCUUGCCAUGCAUCACUCCUGACAACCUAAAAAAUCAUCAGGAUAAUCUCCCAGCACCUAAAGAUUGCAGCUUACCUGCGUGCUGCCGGCUUGGUUGCUUGCAACCUGUACAACCUCCCUGGUGUUGCUGGAACAAAGUCACAGCCAGUUUCUCUCAGUGGCUCCUAGGGAAACCCAUUUGCAUGUGCAUAAUAGCAUGGCUGGAUAAACAGGGACUGCAGUUUUUUUGCCGCUGCUGCUCUUUCCAAGCUGCUGGUUGUCUCUGAAGCCAGUUUAUCAGGCAGCGUUGGAAGGGAGUGGCUGGCCUGGGGAGGAAAGUCGAUGAAAAUCAGGCUUUUCCUAACCCUGGGCAGAUGGAAACAUGUGGAGUCUGAGUUCGGCCUCAGACUGGAUUAAUCAGCCCCUUGGAAACAUCAGUCAUGAGGAUGGUUUUGGAGGAACUGGUGGAAAAAAGAGAAGAAGGGUCUUUUUGUUUUGUCUGUUCCAAUACUUGGGCCCUCCUCCCUGCCCUAAAAAAAAAAGAAAAAAAACAACACUCGACUUCCCUUUUCAUUCCCAUGUCACGUCUACGGAAGUAUCCUGGCUGGCUCUGCUCAGCUCACUGAUUUUCUGAGCCAUCCCCAGCUGAACGCCCACUCCCUCCCCUCUGCUACAGAAGCAGCGCACACCCCAAACUCCAAAUAAACCACCCCCACCCCUCUCUGGGAUUCGGGAUGGAGGGGGGGGGGAGAGUUACCCCAAUAGCUGCCAGUGUGCAAUCCCUUUUCUUCUGUAUCUCACCAGCUGUGCCCUGCAGGGGCUGAGCCAAGCAUCACGCCUGUUAAUGAGUUUUCUCUU